ACUGGGUCUUCCCUGGUAUUCUGGGGACCUGCCCUGGAAUUAACUCCCAGUGAGCCGUCCACACGUCUCAGCUGUGCCCAGCCAAGCACAGAGCAGGGGAGCCCCCCUCAGCACAGAAGGUCUCCCCAACACACCAGUCAUGCCUCGGCAGCUCCCUGCAUUGAUGGUGAUCUUCCUGUCCCUGGCCGUAAUUUUGCAUGAUGGCCAUCAAAUACAAGCACAAGUAUCUUCAGAAACCAGAAGCUAUCUUCAACCCAAUCCAACAGGGCAGGCCAUAGCCAAACCUCUCCAGCAACCAACUAGCCAAGUACCUCACAAAAUUUCAGCAACAAUAUCAAUGGAUAGUCAUCUCACCUCUGGAACAGCUGGUGGAAAUUUCAGCUCUGAAGUCUCAACACACACAACCAUAAAAGUCCUAACUACCACACUUCCAGUAACUACAGAAAGCCCUCCAUCCACCAACCCAAUUACCUAUACACUGGCCACAUCUAAUCAUUCCUAUACUGCUUCUAUAAGUACUGAAGCUACCAUUACUCCUGCUUCAGUUCCAUAUUCACAUCAACCCAUCACCUCACCAACCCCUACAACUGAAGCUAGUCCAUCUACUAUCAGCCAUACAACUGGGCAAACCCCCCCACCUAGUGGCCAGACCACUCUUCCAAAAACGUUGCUUACAACAUCACCCCAAAGCACAUCCUAUCAGAUGCCUAAUUCAUCUACCCCUGGCCCAGGAACACCUACAACCACACACCAUGCCACUCAAACAGCUUCCCCUCCUCCCACAGUUCCCAGGCCCACCCUUGCUCCUCAGCCAUCACCAGUCAAGAUAGGAACUUACCAAGUUCUAAAUGGAAGCAAGCUCUGUAUAAAAGCAGAGAUGGGGAUAGCGCUGAUUGUUCAAGAAAAGAACUUGGUUUUUUCACCUCACAAAUACUUCAAUGUCGAUCCUAAUGUAACCCAAACCUCUGGGAAAUGUGAGUUCCGAAAAUCGAACCUUCUGUUGAAUUUCCCAGGCGGAUCUGUGAAUCUCACAUUUACUAAGGAAGAAAAUUCAUAUUAUAUCAGUGAAGUCGGAGCCUAUUUGACCAUCUCAAAUCCAGAGGAAACUUACCAGGGAAUGAAGCGUGCUGUCAUGUUUGAAACAGCUGUGGGGCAUUCCUUCAAGUGUGUGAGUGAACAAAGCCUCCAGCUGUCAAACCAGCUUCAACUGAAGACAAUGAAUCUCCAACUUCAGGCCUUCGACUUUGAAGGAGAUGGCUUUGGAAAUGUGAAUGAGUGCUCAUCUGACUACACCAUUGUGCUUCCUGUGAUUGGGCUCAUCCUGAUUGCCCUCUGCAUUGUGGGCCUGGGGGUCUACACAGUCCGCCUAAGGCGCCAAUUAUCCGGAUACCAGAGAAUCUAACCAGUGCCUAGUGAAGUGUAAAAAAAUCUUUCAUGAUUUCCGGAAUGUUGGGGUUUCCUUUAAAGUGUGGGUCCUUCAAAUGAUGUGCCAUCUUCCAUUAAAUGAUGCACCAUCUUCCGCUAAAACCAAGUAAGCCUUUGUCAAGUCAGGCAAGUUCAAGCAGCACACCAAUUUCCAACUGCUUUUUGCUCAUCUUAUGAAAGACUUAGUGAUUGAAGAGUAUUUUCUACAGAUCAUCUUAAUCAAAGUCAACAUCUUUGAUAAAUUGAAUAUAAUAGAUGUAAAGUAGCAUGGUCCCUCCAAAGUAUAAAGUAAAGAGUUAGUUGUAAUUUGUGCUACCUGUGUUUACAUUAAGAAUUUUAUGUUUUACCCUUGACCUUUUCCGUUUAAGAAAAAAAAAGUCUUUACCUUGUCUUUCAACUGGCCUUUCAAUACUUUUAUUGAUGUACACAUGCCUAGUAUGACACCUCCUUUUCUACUUCUACUUAGUUAUUUGUCUUAGUUUGCUUUUUGUUUUUAUUUAACCACGGAAAAGAGCAAUAUAUCUCAGGUUAUCUAAAUCUUGCUGUGAAACUAACAGGAAGAACAAACCAGCAUACAUGAAUAUAUGUACAAAUGU